CUUUUAAGCUGAUGCUUCUCAUAAACGCACACCUUGGCUUAACAGUUGAAAAUGAAAUUUGGACUAGUUUAUUUCGCGUAGCAGCAGAGGUGAUUGCAACCCAUACUCAUAAUCAUGAAACUUUCUUCACUGCUAGCUCCCGUUGCCAAAAGGUUAGAGGGUAAAGUAGCUGUAAUCACUGGUGGUGCUGGAUGCAUCGGUGGAGCCACGGCGCGUCUCUUUGCGCAACAUGGUGCCAAGGUGGUGAUUGCUGAUGUUCAAGACCAACUAGGCCAUUCCCUAUGCAAACACCAAGAUGACCUUUCUUUUGUUCACUGUGAUGUUACUAAUGAAUCAGAUGUCGAAAAUCUGGUUGAUUCUGUCAUGGCCCAACACGGUAAGCUUGACAUUAUGUUUGCUAACGCUGGUGUCACAGGCUUCAAUGAUCCAAGGAUUUCAAUAACAGAGUACCAAGAUUUCAAGAACGUGUUUAAUGUAAAUGUUUUUGGUGCAUUCUUGUGCGCCAAGCACGCGGCUAGAGUCAUGGUUCCUGCCAGGAGAGGCAGCAUUUUGUUCACUUCAAGUGUUGCGUCUGUCACUUAUGGAGAUGUUCCACAUGUCUACUCUGCUUCAAAGCACGCGGUCUUGGGCCUGGCCAAGAAUUUGUGUGUGGAGAUGGGGAGUCACGGGGUACGAGUCAACUGUGUGUCUCCGUUUGGAGUGGUGACUCCCAUGCUGAUGCAAGGGCUGGGAAUGAGUGAUAAGGGGAAGGUGGAGGAGUUUGUUGCAGGUAUUGCGAAUCUGAAGGAGGCAACGGUGGAGGCAGAGGAUGUCGCGGCUGCUGCGUUGUACUUGGGAAGCGAUGAGGCCAAGUAUGUGAGUGGUAUGAACCUUGUAGUGGAUGGAGGUUACAGCACUACAAAUGUUGCUUUGAAACAAUCCUUCCAAAAGAUGUCAAUUUAAGAUGAAGUUUCUUAUUUUAUGUAUUUUCAUCUGGUUUCCCAUUCAUAUGAUGUUUCCUGGCACUAGGUCACAUACUCAAGCUACAAAUUGUCCUGCUCACUGGCCUCAUACAAUGAGGUAGCUUGAAUCUCAUAAUUUUCAGAUCUCAUUCAUAUAAUUAGGGUGAUUAUUCCAGCCUUGUUAUUGGGAUCUUGUAAAAAACUAAGUAUUUCAUUUGGAUCCAUCUUCUAGGGCAGUGUUUUUCUUUCUUAUUAAUGAUCAACUGGCUGUGUAGAUA